CAAAAAACCGGUGUGAAAACACAGAAAUAUUGGUUUAAUUUUUUCUUUCUUUUGUAUAUAUAAAUACAUGGUUUUUACUAUCACAAAAUGUACUUCCAUCCUUAACUAAAUAAUAACUGAAAAAAGAGAGAGCAUAUCAUGGCUGCCUUUCACACAUCAAUAGUAGCCAUAUUAUUGUUAGCCCUUAUUGUUACUUUGGCUAAUGCCUACGAUCCAAGCCCUCUCCAGGACUUCUGUGUUUUUGACAACACUUCUACAGUGUUGGUGAAUGGGCUGGCGUGCAAGGCUCGAGAUAAAGUGACAGCAGAGGAUUUCUUCACAUCGGGUCUCAACACGUCCACUGCCGAAGCGGCAUUCCCAAAUUCCACCUUUAGCGCCGCAAGUGUUACAACAAUACCCGGGCUCAACACCCUCGGGCUGACCCUGAUCCGCAACGACUACCUGCCCGGCGCCGCCAUCCCGCCCCACGUCCACAGCCGGGCAACCGAGCUAGCCCUUGUCCUCAAGGGCACCAUAACCUUGGGAUUCGUGUCUGCCGACCCCGCCACGGGCUACAAGAACAACACGGCCUACUUAAAGGAGUGCGCAGAAGGGGACGUUUUCGUUGUGCCGCAGGGCCUUGUCCACUUCGGCCAGGUCUCCAGCGACGGGGAUGCCACCACCAUCACGGCUUUCAACAGCCAAAACCCCGGCUUCAACUUCGUGCCUGCUCAGGUCUUCGGGAGGAGCUUGUCAUUGCCUCAAGGUUUUCUGGCGAAAUCCUUUCAAGUCACGGAUCAAAUCAUUGAAGAAAUUCAAAAUCAUUUCCAAUGAUUGAUUGAUUGAUUAAUUAUUGGGGUUUCAAAACUAUAUGUUACCAACAUAUAUAUGUGUUUCAUGCAUGCAUGUUGCCGGUCACUUUAAUUUUCUCAUUUCAAUUUCCAAAAUGUGAUGUGGUUUAUUUUUAUUAUAUUAUCUCGUAAUGUGGUUUUGUUUUAUGCAUUAAUUAAUUACUACCCCGUAUGUUGUAAUACGUCGUACGUACAACUCUACAACCUAUGCAUGCGUUGUUUUUAUAAUAAUAAUAAAAAGUUCCCUUGUGG